UUACUCUCACAUCUUCAAUAAUAGAUCGGAGAAACCAAAACAAAAUUCAAAUCUAUUCCAAUGGCGUUGCUUGUGGAGAAAACCUCGAGUGGCCGUGAAUACAAGGUCAAGGACAUGUCUCAGGCCGAUUUCGGCCGUCUCGAAAUCGAGCUCGCCGAGGUCGAAAUGCCCGGACUCGUCUCUUGCCGUACCGAAUUCGGACCUUCUCAGCCAUUGAAAGGAGCUAGAAUCACCGGAUCUCUUCACAUGACGAUCCAAACUGCCGUUCUCAUCGAAACCCUAACCGCUCUCGGCGCCGAGGUCAGAUGGUGCUCUUGCAACAUCUUCUCCACCCAGGACCACGCCGCCGCCGCGAUCGCUCGCGAUUCCGCCGCCGUUUUCGCCUGGAAAGGGGAGACUCUUCAGGAAUACUGGUGGUGCACUGAGAGAGCUCUCGAUUGGGGUCCUGGAGGCGGUCCUGAUCUCAUCGUCGACGACGGUGGUGACGCGACGCUCUUGAUCCAUGAAGGAGUCAAGGCUGAGGAGAUCUUCGCGAAGACCGGUCAGUUUCCAGAUCCGACUUCCACCGAUAAUCCUGAGUUCCAGAUCGUGUUGUCGAUCAUCAAAGAUGGUCUUCAGGUUGAUCCUAAGAAGUAUCACAAGAUGAAGGAGAGAUUAGUCGGUGUUUCGGAGGAGACGACCACUGGUGUUAAGAGGCUUUACCAGAUGCAGGAGACUGGUACUCUCUUGUUCCCUGCCAUUAACGUCAACGAUUCCGUCACCAAGAGCAAGUUCGACAACUUGUAUGGAUGUCGUCACUCUCUCCCUGACGGUCUCAUGAGAGCCACUGAUGUCAUGAUCGCCGGAAAGGUCGCUGUUAUCUGCGGUUACGGUGACGUCGGAAAGGGUUGUGCUGCAGCCAUGAAAACCGCCGGUGCACGUGUCAUCGUCACCGAGAUCGACCCGAUCUGUGCGCUUCAAGCUCUCAUGGAAGGCCUACAAGUUCUAACCCUCGAGGACGUUCUCUCGGAAGCUGACAUCUUUGUCACCACCACUGGAAACAAAGACAUCAUCAUGGUCGACCACAUGAGGAAGAUGAAGAACAACGCCAUAGUCUGCAACAUUGGUCACUUCGACAACGAGAUCGACAUGCUCGGGCUCGAGACUUUCCCUGGUGUGAAACGCAUCACCAUUAAGCCGCAGACCGACAGGUGGGUGUUCCCGGACACCAAGACAGGCAUCAUUGUGUUAGCCGAAGGUCGUCUGAUGAACUUGGGAUGUGCCACUGGACACCCGAGUUUCGUGAUGUCGUGCUCGUUCACAAACCAGGUGAUUGCACAGCUUGAGCUAUGGAACGAGAAGUCGAGCGGGAAGUAUGAGAAGAAGGUGUAUGUUUUGCCUAAGCACUUGGACGAGAAAGUGGCUGCACUUCACUUGGGCAAGCUCGGUGCUAGACUCACCAAGCUUACCAAGGACCAAUCUGACUAUGUCAGCAUACCCAUUGAAGGUCCCUACAAGCCUGUUCACUACAGGUACUGAGAAGAAGAAGCAAAGCAGAAAAAAAAGAGGCCAAAGCUUUGGUUUUAUGGUUAAAGGCCGUUUAUUGGCUAUGCUAUAAUCCUAAUGGCAUUUAAUUAUUUGAGUUGGUUCGGGUCUGGUUUGGUUGGGAAAAUUUGAGGUGAUUGGUCUUCUGAUUAGGUUGAUCAAAUAUUGGUAUGAAUAAGGGGUUGUUGUUCUUGGUUUUGAGAGGCUUCUUUUUGUUUUUUUUUUUUUUGUUUUUGUUUUUUUUAUUUAUAUAUUAUCUCAAGAUAAAUUAGUUUUUGUUUUACACUGUUUGUUAGGCUUAUUUAUGCGAUGUUCUGUUUACCGGUUUACUUUUCAGAACACAAGUGAGAAAACAAGAUACGUAAAGUUAUUUUGGCAAUAUUAGUGGAAAAUCUUGUCUUCUUUGAAUUGUAUGUAUGCUGAGGAGUGAGGAGGAUGGUCAAUCCAAACAUUCAACUUUUGACC